UAAGGUCAGGGCCCAUAGCAAUAUGGCAGGUUAGAUUAUGCACUCUUUGUUUUACCGCAGUCUUAAAAAAUGUGAAUGGCUUUUCUCUUCAGAUAUAAAUGAUUAAUUGUGCUUUUAUAAUUCUUAUGUAUAAUCUAUACUCUAAGUGAGAUUGUAGAACAUCAUACUGAUAAUUGAAUUGUUAAUAUUGAGUGUUGAGACCUUACAACAUAUAACCGGAUUCUUCAGCUAUUGAAGGUUUCAGGAUCAUAACAAUGAACAGCACUGUUAAAGUGGAUCAGUUUUAUGACUUGUUCCUCAAGAACUUCAUCAGUGUCGUCCUCGGCCUAAUCAUCAACUAUAUCAAUGGAACAUUUGUGAUUGUCUACUUCAAAAAUAUCGUAUUCUGCAGUGACCCAAGAUACAUUUUAUACAUCCAUUUGGUAAUCAAUGACAUGAUUAUGCUGUCAGUUUCUGUGGGCUUACAAGUUGCAACAUAUGUUUUGCGUAUCUUCAAUGCCUCUGUUUGUUGUGUUGUGCUACUUUUUCUUAGUACAGUCACCAAGAACUCGCCACUAAAUCUGGCCUGCAUGGCCAUAGAGCGUUACAUUGCCAUUUGCAAGCCACUACAUCACUCGCAAAUAUGUACAGUUCGGAGGACCCACAUGCUCAUCUGUUUCAUAUGGACUGUAGCAGCAGCGCCAGCUCUGAGUGAUGUAUUCAUCACGUUAUCAAAUCGACCAGCAAGCUUUUUCUCGACUGCCGUUGUAUGCCAUAUGGUGUUCAUUUACAACACUUGGCAACACACAGUCAAAGAUACUGUGGUGAAUGUUGUGUAUUUGUCGUUUGUAUGGAUUACGUUGAUCGUCACCUACUUUAAGGUUUUUUCCGCAGCGAAUGCUGCAAGUGCAGAUCAAGUGUCUGCUAGAAAGGCCCGAAACACGAUACUGCUGCACGGAGUUCAGCUCCUGCUGUGUAUGAUGUCCUAUAUCACCCCAUUCAUGAGUACAGCACUCGUAAAUCUAUUUCCUCAGAGUCCAGCAACUAUUCUGUUUAUUCUGUUUUUGUUGUCAAAUGUUCUACCGAGGUUACUAAGCCCGCUGAUCUACGGGUUAAGAGAUAAACAAUUUGCUGAGCAUGUCAAAGUGUAUUUUUGUCGCAAACAAGUAAGAAGGACACAGAUUAUACCAGUGAAGUAAACAAGGAAAAUAAUAUUUUUUAAUAUUUAUAUUUGAUAUUUGGUCAUAUUAAUUGAUAUUUGACACGUGAUUUUUUUCACUCAUGUGAUUAAUAAAGAAGAGAUAAUAUGUGUGAUACAAAGAUCUGAAAUACUUUGUUUAGACUAGAUUACCUGUAAAUUCUCUUAAGUUUCUUCAGGAUGUUUGUUGGAAUGUGUGCAAAAUCAAUCAUUCAGACAUCAACAGUGGCUUUUAUUAGCACCUAUACUGUAUAGAAAAUAAACUUACCAAAUUCAAAGCCUAUAAAGCAUAAGUUUCUAGCCCAUUUUGUGUGUUGUGUUGUGUUGUGUUAGUUUAAUCACGUGGUUAGGGAGUAACUUUAUUUUUUCUAUCUCUAAUGUAUUUUGACUAAAGUGUUUUAUAACGCUUAUGGAGGUCAGUAAAUGAAACUGUCUAACAUAAAUGUACUGUCAAAUUUCAAAACACCAAAAGGCACUAUAAAAUUACAAAAAAGUUCAUGUAGCCCAGUUCUGUUCACAAAGCACACGUUUGCCAAACAAGAAAGAGUUUGGAUAUGAAAUACCGCUUUCAUUCCCGUUUGAAACUGAACUUAA